UUCCACCACAAUAUCUCCUUAUUAGCACAAAUCCUCACAAACUAAGAAUAAUGAAUUAGAAUACUAGAACCUACCACCAUGCACCUAAGCCCUUACAAAAAAACACACUUCAAUAACAACAUUCCUCAUCUUCAUCAUCAUCAUCAUCAUAUCCAUGAUGAUGAUGCUUCACCCAUAGACAUGCAUAACAACACCACCACCACCAACUCAACCAGCCUGUGUUCUUCCGAUUCCGGUGAGCCAUGUGAGGACGGUAAAUGGGCUUGCAAGCUCCUCAAGGAGUGUGCCAUCGCCAUCUCACAAAGAGACUCCACCAAAAUCCACCACCUUCUAUGGAUGCUCAACGAACUCGCUUCCCCUUACGGCGACUUGGAUCAGAAGCUCGCCUCUUACUUCUUGCAAGCCUUGUUCUGCAAGGCCACGGAAUCCGGCCACCGUUGCUACAAGACUCUCUCAACCGUCGCUCAAAAGAGCAACAACUUCGACUCCGCCAGAAAAUUGAUACUCAAAUUCCAAGAAGUCUCCCCUUGGACAACCUUCGGACACGUGGCAGCCAACGGAGCAAUACUCGAGGCCUUGGAAGGCGAGUCCAACCUCCAUAUAAUUGACAUAAGCAACACUCUUUGCACCCAGUGGCCAACGCUGUUCGAAGCGCUGGCCACUAGAAAAGACGAAACUCCUCGUCUCAGACUUACCGUGGUGGCGCUCAGCUCCGCCACAGUAAGUUCUGUUAUGAAGGAGGUCGGACAGAGAAUGGAGAAGUUCGCGAGACUCAUGGGAGUUCCCUUUGAAUUCAACGUAAUCAAUGGUCUCGAUCGCCUGGGAGAGCUCACGAAGGAAUCGUUAGGGAUUACAAACGACGAAGCCAUCGCCGUGAAUUGCAUCGGAGCGUUGAGGAGGAUCGAGGUUGAAGAAAGAGAAUCGGCAAUUCGCAUGUUCAGAUCGCUUAAUCCAAAAGUGGUAACCGUCGUUGAGGAAGAAGCCGAUUUCAGCAGCAAUCGAAACGAUUUCGUUCAGUGCUUUGAAGAGUGCCUUAAAUUCUACGGCUUAUACUUCGAGAUGUUGGAAGAGAGUUUUCCAUUAACGAGCAACGAAAGGUUGAUGUUAGAGAGAGAUUGUUCUCGAAGCAUAGUUAGGGUUUUGGCUUGUGGCGGUGGUGAUGAACAAAACAAUAAUAAAGAAGAGUUUGAAGAUUGUUGUGAGAGAAGAGAGAGAGGGAGACAGUGGUGUGAGAAGCUGAAGAAGGAGUUUUCAGGCGCAAAGUUCAGCGAUGAUGUGGUUGACGAUGUUAAAGCAUUGCUCAAGAGAUACCGUGGAGGUUGGUCACUGGUUUUGCCACAACAACAACAACAAGAAGAAGGACAUAAUAGUAAUUACAAUAAUAAUACUCUCUCAGGAAUUUUCUUGACAUGGAAGGAGGAACCUGUAGUUUGGGCAUCAGCAUGGAAACCCUAGA